UACGGACUCUCCUAAGCUAACAGUUUAGCAAUGUCUGCCAGCGAUGAUGUUUCCAAUGAAACUGCUAAAGUUUCAGAAGACAAAGAGUUUGAAGACUUCGAGGAUUACAUGCCCUGUGACCCGACUCGAUAUAAAUUAUACAGGGAGAGGAAAGAAUGGGCUGAUGUAGAGCCAGUUCCUCAAGACGAUGGACCAAAUCCUGUUGUCAAGAUUGCUUACUCUGAAAAAUUUUCAGAUGUGUACGACUACUUCCGUGCUCUCCUGAAGAACGACGAGAAGAGUGAGCGAGCUUUUGCUUUGACUGCUGAUGCCAUCGAACUAAACGCUGCAAAUUACACUGUGUGGCAUUACAGAAGAGUUUUACUCCAAGCUCUGUCCAAGGACCUAAGGGAGGAGAUGAGGUACAUCACCGUCAUCAUUGAGGACCAACCUAAAAACUACCAAGUCUGGCAUCACAGGCGCAUGGUGGUUGAGUGGCUGAACGACCCCUCAGAGGAGCUGGAGUUCAUCGCAGACAUUCUCAGCCAAGACGCCAAGAACUACCACGCCUGGCAGCACAGACAGUGGGUCAUCCAGGAAUACAAACUCUGGGAGAAUGAGCUGGAGUUUGUGGAAAAUCUCUUGGAGGAAGACGUGAGGAAUAACUCGGCGUGGAACCAGAGGCACUUUGUUAUCUCACACACGACGGGCUUCUCUGAUCCUGCCACUCUGCAGAGGGAAAUUGAGUACUGUCUGGCCCAGAUAAAGAAGGCUCCACACAAUGAAAGUGUGUGGAACUACUUGAAAGGGAUGCUGCAGGACCGAGGCCUGUCAACUCAGCCGGGCCUGCUGGAGAAGAUUCUGGAGCUGAAAGACACACACUGUUCGCCGUAUCUGCUGGCCUUCAUCUACGAUUGCUACGAAGACGCCCUGGAGAGCAACAGCCAGAACGAAAGCACAGAAGAGGAGCGAAAGGAAACGUUACGGAAAGCUCUGGAAAUCUGUGACCUCUUGGCGCAAAAGAAGGACACCAUCCGGAAGGAGUACUGGCUGUUUUUGGGACGAUCUUUACAGAGCAAGUACGGAGGCGGCAUGCCAGAAGAGGAAACGUCCCAGCAGCAGGACAUGAACUAGACAUGUAAGGUUAAUGUAUUGGUAGCUUCUUGUGUCUGCUAAGAGCGAUUUAAAUAAGUGUCAUUCGUCACAUGUACAUCUGAAGGGGUCGUGUAGAGCGUCGCAUGUAGCGCAGCAUAUGUGGUGUUACAGCAGACUGAAGUUUGUUUUCAUGCUUAUACAAGUGCUGCUGCGCUGCACACAUGCCGUUCAUAUCCUGAGGGGAAGGAAAUGGAUUUAGUCCACUUCAUCCAGCUGUUUCUACUUGGGCUCCCUCUACAAACGCCAUUCAUCCUCUUCAGUUUUCUCACCAAGCAGCCCAGAAAUGUCUAAUCAUGGCUUCUUUACACGUUUACAAGCCCAACCUGAUUAGCUCUCCCAGGGCCGAGGACGCCACGCCGCGUGAAGUGUAUUUCUAUUCUAGUGACCGGGACAGGAAGGUUUGUGCUCCAAUAAAGUUGUUCAAUUUUCAUCAUGUGCACGUCUGUAAGCUGAUCGAUGGCAACAUGGAGUGGCACUGGCUCGUAAUAAAUACCUGAGAAUUAAAAUACCAG